AUAGUUAAUUUUUUUUUUAUAGUGAGCGUGCGUGCGAGUGCUGCUUUUUAAAAUAAAAAUAUUCUUUAAAUUCUUACAAUUAAUUGAAGAAAUCUUUGCGUUAAAGACGUGCACUUUGAUUGGUGUGUGUUUAUUUGGUUUUUUGGCUAAGUGAGAGUGAACGACGCUCCUUUCCCGCACUCUCUUACGCUCACGCUCUUGGUCUCUCUCUCCCUCCCCCCCACACACUGUUGACGAUCCAACCGGGUGAAACGGUUGUGUGUUUACACCAUGUCAGACUACAGCGACCUGGAUCGUCAGAUUGAGCAGCUGAAACGCUGUGAAAUCAUCAAAGAGAAUGAAGUGAAAGCCUUGUGCGCCAAAGCGCGCGAAAUUCUCGUGGAGGAGGGGAAUGUGCAACGUGUGGAUUCUCCGGUAACCGUUUGCGGUGACAUUCAUGGACAGUUCUAUGAUUUGAAGGAGCUGUUCAAGGUGGGCGGCGAUGUGCCCGAAAAGAAUUAUCUCUUCAUGGGCGAUUUUGUGGAUCGUGGCUAUUAUAGUGUUGAGACAUUCCUGCUCCUGUUGGCGCUCAAGGUGCGCUAUCCGGAUCGCAUCACACUGAUACGCGGCAAUCAUGAAUCUCGCCAGAUCACCCAAGUGUAUGGCUUCUAUGAUGAAUGCCUGCGCAAAUAUGGCUCCACAGCUGUCUGGCGUUAUUGCACCGAAAUCUUUGAUUACCUUAGCUUAUCGGCCAUCAUUGAUGGCAAGAUCUUUUGUGUGCACGGCGGUUUGUCGCCCUCAAUACAGUAUUUGGAUCAGAUUCGUAGCAUUGAUCGCAAACAGGAAGUGCCACAUGAUGGUCCCAUGUGUGAUCUGCUGUGGAGUGAUCCGGAGGAUCAAACCGGCUGGGGUGUAUCACCACGUGGCGCUGGCUAUCUAUUUGGCUCCGAUGUUGUAUCACAAUUCAAUCGCACCAACGACAUUGAUAUGAUCUGUCGCGCCCAUCAGCUGGUCAUGGAAGGCUUCAAAUGGCACUUCAAUGAGACGGUUCUAACUGUUUGGUCAGCGCCCAACUAUUGCUAUCGUUGCGGCAAUGUGGCAGCAAUUUUGGAACUGAAUGAGUACCUGCAUCGCGACUUUGUCAUCUUUGAGGCCGCACCACAGGAGAGUCGCGGCAUACCAUCGAAAAAGCCGCAGGCUGAUUAUUUUCUUUAAAAUUAAAAUUAACAUCCCAAAAAAAAAAAAAAGAAAACAAAGCAGUAAGAAACGAGCAAAAUAAAAACAAUACGCAAUAUGCAAUGGAAACAAGACAAACAAACAGCUGCUCCAAAUGGAUUUGAUUGAUUCGUGAUUGAUGACGACACUCGGAGCUCUGCAAAAAUUGAUAACAUUGAUAACUGCCUGCCUGCCUCAAGCAAAAGAAAUUAAUCAAUUAUAUACAAAUUUAAUGAAAAUUAACACAAGGCCAGAGUGUGACACACAAUCUAUCAAAAUUCCUUAGCCCUAUUCCUUUCCAUCCUUUCGGUCCUUUAACCACAACUGAAAUACCCUGCAAUUUAGCGCAUUCUCCAAAACACCUGGCCCUCGAUUAUCAAUACCCUAUGUUUAAGCGUAUAAUUAAGACUUAGUAAUUUCUGUGUGUUCUUUGUUCUAUCUUGAUUAUUAUAAUUUUUUUCUUGCGCUUUUAUUCUUUAUUUGUAACUUGUCUCACUUUAUUUUUUCCAUUUCAUUUCAUUUAUUAUUAUUUUUUUUAAUUUGAUUUUUGUCAUGUCUGUGCGUUUGUCUUUAUAUAGCUGGCGACACAUUAUUAACUAGCCGGAUUACCUAUUAGAUCUACAAGUCGCGGGAAGUUCGGAAGUGCGGCCAUUAGUUGUAAAGCCCAAAA